UGGGGCGACAAGCAGGGGAAGAGCGGCGGAGUUCGUGACUGAGGGACCAGUAGCGCUCUGCAGCUGGACGGAACCGCCACGAUGGACCUCCCCGUUACCUUUUGGAUUCUGCUGAUCAGCCCGCUGGUCCUCUGCGUCCCUGCAGUCCAAGCAGCAAAAUGCCCACAGGAGUGUUUCUGUGACCAAAUCCAACUCACUGUGACCUGUGUCAACAAGAACCUGACCCAGGUUCCUCCUGCUGUCGAUGAGAUAACAGUGAAACUGGACCUUCGAGGUAAUGACAUACAGGAACUCCCCACUGGGGCUUUCAUGCACACCCCCUACCUGACUCACCUGUCGCUGCAGCGCUGUAACAUCCACAAGGUGAAGGAGGGGGCGUUCCGUGGCCUCGGUCGCCUGGUCUUCCUCAACCUUGCCAACAACAACAUUGACAUCCUCUACCAGGAGUCAUUUGAUGGUUUGUCCUCACUAAAGCAGCUUAUUAUUGACCGUAAUCGUGUGGAAGAGAUUCAGCCUGGAGCGUUCUCUCAGCUGGGCUUCCUCAACCUGCUCUCCCUCUCACACAAUCAGCUAGUUUACAUCCCUAAUAUGGCAUUCCAGGGCCUGCAGAAUAUCAAGUGGCUUCGUCUUAGUUACAACUUUCUAAACUACCUGGACACUGAAGCCUUUGCCGGACUGUUCACACUAACUCGUCUCAGCCUGGAUCACAACGAGUUACAGUUUUUCCCCACUGAGACCAUGACCAGGCUGCCAGAGGUGACUCGUCUCGAUCUCAGCUACAACCCCAUGACGUACCUGGGGGAGGAGGCUGUGUCCAUGCCCAAGCUGACCCACCUCUUCCUGGACCACAUGUCCCUGCAGGACCUGGUGAACACAGCUGUUUCAAAAUCCCCCAACCUCAUCCACCUGGACAUCAGCAAUAACCAGCUGCGUGUCAUCCAGCCCUUCGCCGAAGGCUCGCCAAAGCUGUCCCGUCUAAACCUGGCCGGGAAUCCAAUCCUCUGCAACUGUUACCUGCGUCCACUCAGAGAGUGGGCUAUCUAUAUCAAAGUGAAGCUGAUGGGGACUUGUGGAGGGCCAUCCCAUCUUUCAGGUGAGAGCCUGGAUGCUGUCCACCCUUCUGAGCUGAGAUGCCAGAGUCAGGAAGACAUCAUAAAAGAAGAAGAAGCAGCCAGGAUCAUGCCACGACCCACUGAAGAACCGAACAAGGUCAAGUGUCCUGCCAACUGUGUCUCUUUCAGCGGGAUGAAGGGACUGAUAUACCUGUACCUGUCUGAGAAUGAGCUUACCUCCUUGAGCCCAGAUGCCUUUAAAGGUCUCCCUAAGCUGACUUACCUCCAUUUGGAAAAGAACCGCUUUACCAGCUUCCCCAAAGGUGUCUUCAAACUGGUGCCCAGUCUGCUUGCACUUCAUCUGGAGAACAACUCCAUCACUAAGCUGGAGCCAGGUAUCAUGACGGGGGCUGAGGGUUUGAGAGCUCUCUAUCUCACCGGGAAUGCCAUUGUGCACGUGUCGCCCAGGGCUCUUUACCAGGCAAAUGACUUGGACAUGCUUCACCUGGGAGGAAAUAAGCUCAAGGAGGUGCCCACUGAGGCACUGAGCAAGGCUGGGAAUCUCCGAGACCUCAGGCUGUCCGGAAAUUCAAUUCGUUGGAUCGGAUCGAAUGCUUUCAAACCUCUGGGGAGGUCACUUAAAGAGCUGUACCUCAAUAACAUGGGACUGGAGAAGAUGUCGCAGAGCGCCCUGGCAGGACUGGGUCCUGGGUUGAGGAGUCUUUUCUUGGAGGGCAACCAGCUGGAGGAGGUCCCUGACUUCCACCCACUCACCGCUUUGGAGGUCAUCAAUCUCGCUGACAAUCCUCUAAUGUGUGACUGCCCCCUACUGCCACUACGCAUGUGGAUUGAGAAAGUUAACCUGAAGGUGCGAGCCACCUGUGCCAAUCCACCUGAAUUGCGGGGUCGGAGGGUCAAGGAUGUCCACGGGUUCAAAGCCUGCCCUGGUGGAGAGAGUCUUCCCUCUGCCCCUGCUGUCACCUCAAAGUCAGCAAAGGCCCCCAAGGCAACCAAACCCAAACCGAUGCAUCUGAGCGGCCAUCGGCAGGUCAAGAUGCUCAAGGUCAAAUCCAAAAUUCGAGGGAGUCCAAACACAAAACAGGGUGCAGCAAAGAAAGCUGCUGAAAGCACAAAGAGACGCAGCAUGCCCUGAAACUCCCGCCUUUUGGCGUUGCUUCCAUUCUGGCGUUCUGUGCUGACGUUUUAAAGUCAGGGCUUCAAUGCAAACAUCAGCACAGCGCAGAACCAAAGUUUUGAGGUUAAACACUGAACUGAACUGUCCCAGCUGCAGGAGUCGGGCUUUUUUCACACUAAUCAUUCUUGCUGUCUUAGCACAAUGUUGAACAACAGUAUAAAUUCUUUGUACGGUUGCAUUAGUAAGCUAUAUCAUGUUGGGCUUUAACUUUUAUCACCUUAAAAGCGCUACAGUCAGGUAUUUGCACAGUACUAGUAGUUUUGCCACAGUACAUUUUCAAUCAAGCAAUUAAGAUUUAAACUUUGAUUUAAGGAGUUUAUGUUAAAAUUGUAAAACUUAACUGGACAAACUAACAUCAUUUUUAAUAUAAGGAUUGUUUUUAGUACUUGGAUGAAUAUAUGUAGCAUUUGGCUGAUUCUGAACAGAGUAUGGGCCUGUAUACUCCACAUAUCACAUGACAGAAGAUGACCACUGACAUCUUCUGUCAGUGGUCAUGUCAUCAAUAAACACUAGCGACCGGUGCCUGGUUUCCACUGGCAGCCACGUUCAUGCCCAUACCAUCACACUGCCUCCACCAUGUUUGACACAGGAUGUAUUCUUCAUGAGCUAUUUCUCUAAUUCUCCAUACUCUCCCCUUCCUAUCAUUCUGGUACAAAUUAAUCUGUCAUAUUAUGCAUAUGCACUCUUCUCCAGCAGUCUAAUCCAGGGGUGUCAAACUCCAGGCCUUGAAAGCCAGUGUCC